CGGAUGACGGUAAACAGGACAGGAAGUUGCAUUAAACAUCCCACUCAUCAGCCAGACUCACACUUUGACCCUUCAGUCGAUAAGCUUCUCCUGCCUCCACCAGCAGAGUUCAGAAAGACUCUGAGAGCACGACUGGACGCUGCUGGGUCGGGUUCUGAGGUUCUGGAUCAUGGUGGAACCCACGUCUAAACGGGCCGCUGUUCUGCUGCUGUUUGCGCUGCACAGCUGUCUGGCCAACAAUGUUUUUCUCAACAGCCAGCUGGCUUCACAGGUUCUGAUCCGAAACCGCCGAGCCAAUCAACUGUGGGAGGAGAUGAAACCAGGGAACCUGGAGAGGGAGUGUGUGGAGGAAAUCUGUGACCAUGAAGAAGCCAGAGAAGUGUUUGAGCAGAACGAUAAAACGGAAAAGUUCUGGGCCACGUAUCUGGACUGUAAAGGAACCAAGAUGCAAAGAACAAAAGAAAACAUCAACAUCAUCAGGGGUUGUGUGCAAGGUGAGUGUGUCACUGGUAUUGGAGGAAGCUAUAAAGGAGACAUCAACAUCACAGAAUCGGGCAAAAAAUGCCAAUACUGGACAGGCAGGUUCCCUCAUCCCAUCUACAGGGAGUUUAAUACUUCAGUACUAAACAGCGUCCUGAAGGAGAACUUCUGCAGGAACCCUGACAACCGUCCAGGAGGACCUUGGUGUUUCACCACAGACCCAACGGUCCAGAAAGAGACCUGCAGAGUACCUAAAUGUGGUGAGGUGUUUGUCCCGACCACUGUGGCACCAGAACCAGUCAGGAAUACAGUUUGUUUACCAAACUAUGGCAUUGACUACACUGGUGACCUCAGUGUCACCGCGAAAGGGCACACCUGUCUUGCGUGGUCAUCACCAGAGGCUGUAGCCCUCAGACGGGGUAAAACGUUCAUCCCAGAGGUGGUUCUGGAGAGAAACAAGUGCAGAAAUCCAGACAACGACCCCGAGGGCCCCUGGUGCUACGUGGAGAUUUCUGGAAACAUCACAAUCGGCUACUGUGACCUGGAGUUGUGCGAGGAUCCUCUGUUUGGUGGAGAGGAGUUAACAGACGACAGAGGAACGGAGCGAACAGUCCUGGGUCCCGAGAAAAAACUCUUCUUCAGUCCUCGUUCCUUUGGUCAAGGAGAAAGUGUCUGCGGGCAGCGUCCUCUCUUUGAACAGAAGGGCAAACAGGAUAAAAACGAGAACGAGCUCCUGGAGUCCUACAGAGAGCAACGGAUCGUUGGGGGUGACGAAGCUGAGGUUGCUUCAGCUCCAUGGCAGGUGAUGCUGUACAAACGCAGCCCACAGGAGCUCCUCUGUGGAGCCAGUCUGAUCAGUGACGAGUGGAUCCUGACUGCAGCGCACUGCGUCCUCUACCCGCCCUGGAACAAGAACUACACCGUCGACGACAUCCUGGUCCGACUGGGGAAACACAACAGAGCCAAGUUUGAGCGAGGAAUCGAGAAGAUCGUGGCGAUCGAUGAAAUCAUCGUCCAUCCCAAAUACAACUGGAGGGAGAAUCUGAACCGGGACGUCGCUCUGCUGCACCUGAGGCGACCCGUCACUUUCUCAGACCAGAUCCACCCCAUCUGCCUGCCCAGCAAAGAGGUCGCCAAAACGCUAAUGAGCGAAGGCUUCAAGGGGCGAGUGACCGGCUGGGGGAACCUGCAGGAAACCUGGAACCCUUCAGCCAGAAACUUACCUUCAGUUCUCCAACAAAUCCACCUUCCGAUAGUGGAACAGGACAUCUGCCGCAAGUCCACCUCAGUGAGGAUCACAGACAACAUGUUCUGUGCAGGUUAUAAACCAGAAGAGAACAAACGUGGUGACGCCUGUGAGGGCGACAGCGGAGGACCGUUUGUGAUGAAGUACCCGGCAGAGAACCGCUGGUACCAGAUCGGCAUCGUGUCCUGGGGCGAGGGCUGCGACCGCGACGGGAAGUACGGCUUCUACACCCACCUGUUCAGGAUGGGCCGGUGGAUGAAGAAAGUGAUCGAGAAGUCGGGAGGAGACGACGACUAGACCCAGAACAUCAGUCACUUCCUGUCAAACAAGCCAAUUAAAGUUUGUCCACAUCUCCUGAUUAA